CUUUGGGGGAUUUUCUGUUGUUCAAUUGAAGAGAAAUGUAGAAUUUUAUGUAUGUUGGAUUUCACAUUAGUUUCUCAUUAAAUUUUCACAAUUUUGUAUAUCUUAUUUUAUUUUACUUUCAUACAAAGAGAUGGUGAGAAUGUUGGGCUUUAAAGGGAGAAAUAUAGUUGGUUGUUUUAUUUUAUUUUUGUUGGAAAUUGGGAGUAUAUUUAUAAUUUAUAAGGAAAUUGUACAGAAAUCGUUUGAAACAUUUAUGGUGGAAGAUUCCGAAAGUGUAAUAGAUCGAUUAUCCAGAAUGUAGGAAGGAAAAGGUGUUAAUAGAUAGGAAGCUGGGGAUAAAGAAGUGUGAAUUGGUGGAAUUAAUGGAUGGCAAUACCUUUGAAGGAAGCAAGUCUUGUGUGUAGAUUUCAACAGCCAAUUUAUAGCAUAGGAAUAUUGAGUCGGAUUCCUUGCUAGUCAUGAAAAAGAAUUCUGAACAGGAUCGCUUUGGAUCUGUAUUCAACAAGCUGUUGAGUGAACUUGGGGAACCUGUUGACUUUGAACUUCCAGAAUGGAUUAAGACGAGGACAACGCAGUACACUCAUAUAAAGCGCAAUAUAUAUCUCACUAAGAAGGCCAAGAAAAAGUUUGAUGAUGGCAUAUUCUGUUCCUGCACAUCUUCACCUGGAUCUACUGGUGUAUGUGGUAGAGAUUGCCACUGUGCGAUGCUUCUGUCUGGCUGUUCUUCAGCCUGCAAAUGUGGGAUCUCGUGUCUCAACAAAGCUUUUCAGCAUCGUCCUGUGAAAAAGCUGAAAUUGAUUAAGACUGAGAAAUGUGGUUUUGGAAUUGUGGCGGAUGAAGAUAUCAAGGUUGGGGAGUUUGUCAUUGAAUAUGUUGGUGAAGUCAUCGAUGAUACAACAUGCGAACAGAGGCUUUGGAAUAUGAAAGAUCGUGGGGAAACAAACUUUUACUUGUGUGAAAUCAAUCGAGAUAUGGUGAUAGAUGCAACAUACAAGGGAAACAAAUCAAGAUAUAUCAAUCAUAGUUGCUGCCCAAAUACUGAGAUGCAGAAAUGGAUAAUUGAUACUGAAACAAGAAUUGGCAUAUUUGCUACUCAUGACAUUCAGAAGGGCGAGCAUCUGACUUAUGAUUACCAGUUUGUUCAAUUUGGUGCAGACCAAGAUUGCCACUGUGGUGCUGUUCAGUGUAGGCGUAAGCUGGGUGCUCGACCUACUAAGCCUAAAACGUCUUCCGAUGCUGCAUUAAAAUUAGUUGCAUAUCAGGUUUGUCAGAAUGGAGGCUUGCAAAUUGGAAGUUCAAGGGUUGUUGACCAAUCAAAAUGUUUACACAAUUGCAUUGAUGAAGUUAUUAUGAUAAAAAAACAUGGAAAUGUGAGAUUUGGGAUUAUUAAGUGGUUUGAUGAAUUUUCACGAAAACACAAGAUCAUGUUUGAGGAUGGUUGUGUUGAAAUUUGUGACAUGUCAAAAGAAGAUUGGGAACUAGUGAGAUUGUGAUGCAACUAUUAGAAAGGAUCACUUCCCUCUGCAGGUGAAGGAAGUGAAAAUUGGAGACAUUAUUCUUUCAUUGCAUGUGCAUAAUUCUUGUACUACUAAUAUCAAACAGAAUAUGAAGAGGGAUAGGUCAACCCAAGUCUUACAGAUUGAAAUUUGAAAGUGAUAAUAAGUUGUUUUUUUUAUGUUUUUCUCACAAACUGUAUCUGUUAGCCUAAAAGAUUGCUGUUCAAAGCAUUGGAAGUAUAAUCCUUGUAUUCUAUGCAAAUCCUGAUUGUACUUUAUUCAAUGCAGGGGAUUUUGCAAUUGAGAAAUGAUUUGUGGACAUCUAAUUGUGAUGUCCGACACCGUAUAACGAUACGGAUUUGAAUUGUAGUAAUUUUUUCUCUCACUUAGUCAAAUCUGCUUGUAUUUUAUACGAUAUCGGCAUAUGGUGUCCCAAAUCUGAUGUCCCAAUAACGCUACUCUUUGCAAUUGUUGUAUCAAGUGUAUUAUUUCUUUUAUACAUUUUUUAGUAUAAGGAAUUCAAAAUUUACCAUUUUUUUAGUAUAAGGAAUUCAAAACAUUGUGAUGAAUUUGGGGUUCCUAUUUAUAUUCAACAUUUACACUAAAGCCAGGUCAAUGGCAUAGCUUUUGAAA